CAUCGACGAGUAUCUCCAAUUGCAUCACCCCACGACCUCACAAUCACCUAAUACAAAAUGUCCGGCGAGGUAGGUUCUAUCUCCAGCUUCUGCGCCCUUCGGGCUUUCCCUAGGAGUUAUGGGCCGCCGAUGGGACUACGAAAAUAGGGGAUUCAAGGGCUAAUGUUUGGUUCAAUGCAGUUCCACCCAAGUACUGGCGUCACGCCUCCAAAGCAGAACCCCGGAUAUGCCAGCUAUCGAAGUCCAUAUGGUCCUAAGUAUGUGUCUCCUGGUUUGCGGAUGGCGAAUGGCGGAGAGGUGGUGGAUUGGAAGGGAAACGAAUGAUGAGGAUAUUGGGCUGAACGGGAAACACGGCCGCUGGGGAACGAGGGCUAAUGAUAUUGUGUGCAGAUACACCUUGCAGAAGAACUUCCACGGCUGGACAUUCAAGCAUGCUACAAGAUUAGGAAUGACACUUGGUGCUUUCGGUGGUGUUGCCGGUGUUUUCGCUAUCUUCUUCUUUGCUGAGGUACCGAAGGUCAGAAAUGAUAUCAUGGUGAAAGUCCCUAUCAUUGGACAACAUUUUGUCAAGGAGAUUCCAGCUUCCGACAACCCAUUCUAAUCGCCAUCACUCGUUGGGGAAGUCAAGAAGGGUGAAAUGCGGCUAUUAUUUGGGCUGGAGGAGAAGAAAUGCAAGAAAACACAACUGUAUAAAAGGAACACUCAUGCAAUAGACAUCUUUCAACCCACAUUCGUCUCUCUCUUUCCCCUUGUCCCCUGUGCCAUAAAUGGGAAUAGAAUCCUAGUCAUAAGCGACAUGUUUAUAUGACUGCAAUCCAUGGCCUUUAUCCUAUCAGUUUAUUCUUUUCACUUCUCGCCGAAUCAUUGUGUAUAUAUUUAUACUAAAUUCUUGUUCGAUC